UUUAUUUUACCCGAGUAUAUUAACACUCUCUCUUCCAUUCUCAUUCCUCUCUCUCUAACUCCACGGUGUAGAUCCGAGGAGUUUUCCCUUUCGCUAUCUCUUCAUUCCUCCGCUUUCUCUUUCUCUCCAAACACUCUUCAACGCUCUAACAGUGAUGGCAGGUUUGGCUCCAGAAGGAUCGCAAUUUGAUGGUCAACAAUAUGACUCUAAGAUGAAUGAACUGCUUGCUAGUGACGGGCAAGAAUUCUUCACCUCGUAUGAUGAAGUCUAUGAUAGCUUUGAUGCUAUGGGGCUGCAAGAAAAUCUUCUCCGAGGCAUAUAUGCUUACGGUUUUGAGAGGCCUUCUGCAAUCCAGCAAAGGGGAAUUGUUCCUUUCUGCAAAGGUCUUGAUGUGAUUCAACAGGCUCAGUCGGGAACUGGAAAGACAGCAACAUUCUGUUCUGGAAUUUUACAGCAACUUGAUUAUGGAUUGGUUCAGUGCCAAGCUUUGGUUUUGGCUCCAACAAGGGAGCUUGCUCAACAGAUUGAGAAGGUUAUGCGAGCUCUUGGUGAUUUCCUUGGUGUUAAGGUUCAUGCUUGUGUUGGUGGGACAAGUGUUCGGGAGGAUCAGCGCAUUCUCCAAGCUGGCGUUCACACUGUCGUCGGUACUCCAGGGCGUGUGUUCGACAUGUUGCGAAGGCAGUCUCUUCGCUCUGAUUGCAUCAAGAUGUUUGUUCUGGAUGAAGCUGAUGAAAUGCUUUCACGUGGUUUCAAGGAUCAGAUCUAUGAUAUCUUCCAGCUGCUCCCUGGCAAAAUUCAAGUCGGAGUAUUCUCUGCAACAAUGCCACCUGAAGCUCUUGAGAUUACUAGGAAGUUCAUGAACAAGCCAGUGAGAAUUCUGGUGAAACGUGACGAGCUGACCCUCGAGGGUAUCAAGCAGUUUUACGUCAAUGUCGACAAGGAAGAGUGGAAGCUAGAGACACUAUGCGACCUCUACGAGACACUGGCUAUCACUCAGAGUGUCAUUUUCGUGAACACAAGGCGCAAAGUGGACUGGCUCACCGACAAGAUGCGAAGCAGAGACCAUACCGUCUCGGCCACUCACGGUGACAUGGACCAGAACACUAGGGAUAUCAUCAUGCGUGAGUUUCGGUCUGGCUCUUCUCGUGUUCUCAUUACCACCGACCUCCUGGCCCGUGGUAUCGAUGUGCAGCAAGUGUCUUUGGUGAUCAACUAUGAUCUCCCAACUCAGCCUGAAAACUAUCUCCACCGUAUCGGUCGUAGUGGACGAUUUGGAAGAAAAGGAGUUUCCAUAAACUUUGUGACAUUGGAUGAUGCUAGAAUGCUGGCUGAUAUUCAGAAAUUCUACAAUGUGACUAUAGAGGAGCUCCCAUCCAAUGUUGCUGAUUUGCUCUGAUGAGUUAAGUUUUGUUCUCUGUUAAGUCAUCUGGGAUUUUUCUUUUGGACAAGUUCUAUCUUGUUAACUUUUGAUUAUUUUUUUCUUUAAUUUAAAAUUUUAGAGAUCAAACAUGUGAUCUGAUACUAUUUGUAUUGGGAUUUUUAUCAAAUUUGUUUGAUUAAUUAAAUUAGUUAAGAGAAGUUUGCAUGUAUUUA